AUUGUAUAAUGUGUGUCUGUGACAGUGGUCUCACAGCCGUCUCAACAUACCUCCUGACCAAGGAGCUGUGGAGUGCUGGCGCCGGACUGUUUGCUGCCUGUUUCAUCGCCAUUGUGCCUGGCUACAUCAGCCGCUCCGUCGCAGGGAGCUACGACAAUGAGGGCAUCGCAAUCUUUGCUUUGCAGUUCACCUACUACCUGUGGGUAAAAUCUGUUAAGACUGGAUCAAUAUUCUGGGCAUGCCUUGCUGCACUUUCCUACUUUUAUAUGGUUUCAGCAUGGGGUGGCUACGUAUUCAUCAUCAAUCUGAUCCCCUUGCACGUGUUUGCACUGUUAGUAAUGGGCCGAUACUCCAACCGCCUAUUUACUAGUUACACUGCCUUCUACAUCCUCGGGUUGCUGUUCUCCAUGCAGAUACCAUUUGUCGGUUUCCAGCCCAUCCGUACCAGUGAACACAUGGCUGCCUCAGGAGUGUUCGUACUACUGAUAGCCAUAUCGGCUCUCAAGUACAUCCAGAGCUUCCUCUCCAAAGCAGAGUUCAAGUACUUCUUUGUGUUUGCUGCUCUUGCCACUGCAGGGCUCGUGUUCUGUACUGUAGUAGCCCUCACAUAUGCUGGCGUCAUUGCCCCGUGGAGUGGCAGGUUUUACUCACUGUGGGACACAGGCUAUGCCAAGAUUCACAUCCCAAUCAUUGCCUCAGUGUCCGAGCACCAGCCGACCACCUGGUUCUCAUUCUUCUUUGACUUGCACAUCCUAGUAACCACUUUCCCCGUGGGGCUCUGGUACUGCAUUAAGGAGAUCAACGACGAGCGAGUGUUCGUGGUGCUCUAUGCGAUCAGUGCUGUCUACUUUGCUGGUGUGAUGGUGCGGCUGAUGCUCACUCUCACCCCUGUGGUCUGUAUACUGUCUGGUGUGGCCUUCUCCAGACUGCUAGAACUGUUCCUCAAGGAGGAAGACAACCCCAUGCAAGAUAGUGAUGACGCCUCUGACAGCACCAACAUGUAUGACAAGCUACAAAAAUAA